AUGGUUAAUAAGGAGAAUUCAAUAUUUUCAUUUUUACCAACUAUCUGGAAAUCUGAUGAAAAUAAAACAUUUUGUAAACAUGAUGACUUGUUACAUGGAUUGAAGUUAAGUGUUAAAACGCUUAUGGAACAUGCUGCAGUUUGUCGUUCAGUUCCUGAAGAUAGUACCGUUGUGAUUGACUUCUGUGAAAUAGUUCAUGAAUGUCUUCGAAUUGGCCUAAAAACUUCACCUAUCCCAUUCUCUCAAUGUCCAUCAACAUUUUCAAUACUGUAUAAAAUUUCUCAUCAAUGUGAAGCAGCUUCAACAGUCAUCGAUAAGUUUAUGAAAUAUAAAAAUAAUACUAAUAAUAAUAACUGUAAUAAUACUACUAAUAAUAAAAGUCAUGCUGAAACAAAAACGGGUACCAAUAUUCACCGAUCCCAGUCAAGUGGACCAACUAACAGAACUGGAGAUAAACUGCAUUUAGGAAACAUUAUUUUUCAUCAUGUUGAUAAAAGAAAUAAAAUUUAUGAAAGAAAAUCGCUAACAGGAAAGAAGUUGUGUCCAAAACUCAGUUAUAACUCAAAAAUCGCUUGGAUUCAUUUCGCUUUGAUUGAAAGACUACUGGAAAGUAUUGUUCGACAUAUCUGCAAAGAGGCGAAAGAUCUUUACAAUUCUGACAGUAUUAUUGCAAAUGAAUGUGAAGUGAACGUGUUCUUAUCACUACUGAGUGGUCCAUGUGCAAUUAGCUACACUACAACGAUACACGAAGACUAUUAUUGGUCAAAUUUACAUGCAGAUGAAUUGAUUGAAAGACAACGUUUCACUUCGAUAACAACUCAAAAUCAGAUCAUUGGAAGAUCUUCACAAGUUUGUCAGAAAACGAAGUCGUGUUUCCCUGAAAGUUAUAAAAGUGUGGAACAGAAAUUUGAAAAGUUAACAAGAAUUGGAAAUUCAUCUUCGCUAUCAGACUCUUCAUUUACCGAUAACAGUGUUGACAGUCUGUAUCAGACAAGAAAAAGCACUCUACUCUAUGGAAAGAAUAAUGUGAUGUUAGGUGAUGAACAAAGAGCUCCUGGUUAUUUAGAGUUGAUUAACUCGUCAAAUGACAUAUUAAUAAGAUGGACAUCAAAUGAAUUAUUAUUACAAGCAUCAGAUAUUAAGAGUUAUCGUUGUCACACUGGUGAACAGGAUAGUGAGAAAAGCUUAUUGGAUGACCAACUGGAAAAACUAAGCAAUACUGAAUCAACGAAUACUGAUGAACAUUCAAGCAUGUCGAAUCCUCCGGAAGAUAACAAUACAAGGAUCGAUAAAUACCGCACUAUCCAGUACGAUGUUGUGACAAUAUCAGUGAAUAAAAUUGAAUAUGUUCACCUACAUCGAGGUGGAUCGCAUGAAUACCGGAUUAUCUUCAUUGGACUAGACGGUAUUGCUUACCCACCUGUUGGAUUACAAGGAGGGUUGAAGGCUGUUUAUGAUUUUCUUGUAUGCUUAGAUAAUGGUUUAAAGCCUAAUGCAUGUUUAAAUCCAUCUCCAAAUGAUUUAGGCGUCAUCAAAACCGAUGAUAUGAAAUGUAUGAAAGCAAAUGACAAGCAGCAACUGACAACCUCUAUAUUAUGGAGUCUUAUUGAUUUUCGUAGUAAAUUAAACGAAUCUAACAAUAAUAGUAACAACAUCAGUGGUAAUGAUGAUGGUAAUGCUGGUAAUCAGAGUUUAGAAUUAGCCAAUGAAUCUGAUGAAAAUAAGGAGGAGACUAAAUCGUCUAUUAUGAAAACGGCCAAUUUGAAGUCAUCAUCUUUGUCGCAUUCAAAAGAUGUUGAAUUUAUUUUUAAGAUAUUUCGUUCAGAGAUUGUCACUGACACAUGUGAUGAGGUCUUUUCAAAACAGAAAAAUAAAAGACACCUCCGUAGUAAAUCACAUACACGUGAUGAAUCAAAAAUAGUUGUUGAAACAGUCAUUGAAGAACAGUCAACUUCUCUUCAAAAUGAAUCCAUGAGCUCAAUGGAUAUUGUAGACACAAUAAAAGUACAAUUAAUGCUGAAAACAUUUAGAUCUUGGUUAGUGUACACAAGGCAUAUGAAGAAUGUACGCAAAUUAUUGUCUCCGCUGGUCAUUCAUUCUGACAUCAUGUUAUCCGACUCUCUCAAACAACAACAACAAUGUGAAGAAUUAACCAGAGAUAAAUGGUGUGAAUUAUUUCUGAAUAUUCCAGAUAAACAAAAUUUCAAUCCAAAUUGCAUCUACGAAUGUAUUUAUUUUGGAGGUUGUGCUUCAGAAUUACGUAAUGAAGUAUGGCCAUAUCUAUUAGGUGUCUAUAACUGGUCAAUGAAUGAAACUGAAAAAAAUCAAAUUGAUCAACAACUUCGUGAACAUUACAAUACCAAAUUGAAAGAAUGGAUGAAAUUGGAGGAGAUUAUUCUUAGAACGGAAGAAAAAUGUACAACUAACCCAUCUACAAUCUCUCAAUCUUCCGAGUGUCAACUUGAAAAGGAUUCAUCUGAAAAUUUUUCAGAUUAUAAUGAGUCUAUUAUGAAACAGUUUGCUCAUGCUUUAGAAUCUGUGAAGAAGGAUGUUGUACGCUGCGAUAGAAACAAUUGUUUUUAUUCUAAAUUAGAUUCACAUGGUGAAAGAAAUUUGGCGACAAUUCAACGGAUUCUGUUAACAUAUGUAUGGGAAUUUCUUGAUGAUGAAUAUACCCAAGGAAUGUGUGAUAUUGUUGCGCCAUUAUUAGUAUUAAAGUCAAGCAGCUAUUCUUCAUCACAAUCUCAAGCUACUGAAAUGCAUUUAAGUAGCACAAUUUCAAAAACAACAAAAACAACAGAAGAAGAGGAAAAAAAUGAGAUACUGUCAAAUAAAGAAUGUGAAAAGAAGAAAAAAAGGAAUGAAAUUUCAAACGAAAUUGAAGUUGGUACUUAUGUUCUGUUUAAACAAAUUAUGAAUAAUCGUAUGAAAAAGUUAUUCUCUAGGGAUACAGCUACAUUGUAUAUGGAUGAGAAAUUUGAUCAUAUCAAAUCCUUGAUACAGAUUUUAGAUCCACAAUUGAUAAGUCAUCUACAAAAAUUCAGUGAUUUUACACACUUCUACUUUUGUUAUCGAUGGUUUCUAUUAGAUUUUAAACGAGAAUUUAAAUAUCAAGAUGUCUUUCGAAUAUGGGAGGUGAUUUUAUGCGCAGAACAUUUAAUUUCUAAGGAUUUCAGUCUUUUCAUAGCUUUAGCGCUAAUUCAAAAUUAUAGAGAUGUGAUCAGUGCUAAUCAUAUGGAAUUUACAGAUAUUCUAAAGUUCUUUAAUGAAAGAGCUGAAAAUCAUGAUGUUCAGAAUAUUUUAAAUUUGGCUCGUCAUUUUGCCGCGACAGUACAAAUGUUAACUAGUAAAACAAAUGAGAAUUGAAAAGGAUAAUUAUGUGUCAAAUUGUUCUUACAAAAUUUCUUUUUGUCUUUUUCUUUUUUUUAUUGAUUUUAAGACAUCGUAUUAUUUGUUAAAGGUCAGUUGUGCUUCCAGUGUUUGUCGUUUGCAUUGUCUCUAUAUAUAUACACAUAUAUGUGUGAUUGAACACAUAUUUCUACGUCUUAAAUCGGUGUAUUUCUAGACAUUACUGCCUAUUAUCUAUUCACAUCUCCAUUUGUAUUACAGUAUUGCAAUAAGGCUGAUCGAUCGAUCGAUUAUAUCUUGUUGUUGUUGUUAAUUUACACAAUCUGACAUUUAUAAAUGUGUGUACACUUAGCCUACUGAACUUGUUCAUCAACUCAUCUUGAUUAUAUACAUAUACAUACAUGUUUGUAAUUUUUCACGUCUUGUUUGUAUAAAAGUGUUUUGAAGAGUAUAUAUACAUAUAUGUCUAA